AUGCCGUUCCUUGCUCAACAACAUGUUCCGAUCCCUACCAAGGACAUCUUGUCUUGGACCUUUGAUGAGUUGAGCUACGGUUUGGACAAGCCAAUUUACAUCGAUGCUCAGGACCCGUCCCGAUACUACACAGCUCGUACGGCGCGGACAUUAAUCCGACAAUUAGCUGCUGGUUUUCGAGCCAUUGGCGUCAGACCCGGUGACUGCGUGUCUAUACACAGCUUCAACGACAUCUGUUAUCCCCUAUUUUUCCUCGGCUUGAUAGCAGCAGGGGGCAUCUUCGCGGGUACGAAUCCAGCGUACACCGCUCACGAGCUGGCACACGUUCUCAAGACUGCCCGAGUCAAAUAUGUCUUGACUCAACCUCAAUUCCUCAAGAGCGUUCUCAAAGCUACUCAAGCGACCGGCAUUCCUCGAGAAAGAGUCAUCAUUUUCAAUCCCAAAGGAGAAGACGCUCCGGAUGGCUUCGCACAUUGGCAAGAUCUCCUGAAACACGGAGAGAGUGAUUGGAUUCGUUUCGAUAGCUAUAACGAUUCGUACAACGCUGGCGCUGCUCGUCUAUUCUCUAGUGGGACUACAGGCUUACCAAAGGCCGCUGAACUAAGUCAUUACAAUCUAAUUGCUCAGCACACCCUUGCCGUUGAAAUAGAAAAGCGUCCUUAUGAGAUCAGACGGCUCGUGGCACUCCCUCUGUUCCAUGCCGCCGUAGCUCCGCUGACGUUCUGCACACCACUUCGCCAAGGAGAGUCGACAUAUAUCUUCCCUCGCUUCGAUCUCGAGACAUGGCUCGAGGCACAGAGCAAAUAUCAAAUCACCGAGCUCGCCGCGGUCCCGCCCAUCGUUGUCCUCGCCGUGAACAGUCCUCUAAUCGAGAAAUUCAGCCUCAAGUCCAUCCGGAUGGCCGCCUGCGGAGCAGCGCCCCUCGACAAAGACAUGCAAGCCCGCUUGAAGAAAUAUUUGAAGGACGACGUACCCUUUACGCAAGUUUGGGGCAUGACGGAGUUGAGCUGCAUGUGUACGAGACACCCCUGGCCCGAUCACGACACCACUGGUAGCAUCGGUGUACCGCUUCCGAACAUCGACGUGAAGUUGGUCGACGAUGAUGGCAGGGACAUCACUGCAUAUGGGGUUCGUGGUGAAAUCUGUAUUCGCGGGCCGACAGUAAUCAGGGGCUACUUUGAAAACCCAGGUGCCAACAAGCAGGAUUGGGACGAGGAUGGUUUCUUCCACACCGGGGACAUAUGCUACGUUGACGAGAAGACUGGGUUCUACUACAUUGUAGAUCGAAAGAAGGAAUUGAUCAAAGUCCGCGGCUUCCAAGUCGCCCCGCCCGAACUCGAAGGCGUUCUCCUCGCACACCCUCAGAUCGUCGACUGCGCCGUCAUUGGCGUGCCCGAUCCCCGACUUAAGGGUGGGAUCGUGUUCGUUCCGGCGAUCCCGAAGAAUGCAUCGGGGAAGAUUCUGAAGAAAGAUCUCAGGGAGCGGGCGAAGUCGGAGAUGCUGAGAGAGAAGAGGGAGGGGGAUGCGAAACUGUGA